AUGGCUCGCGCAUAUAUCGAAGAGCCAGAGAGCGUCAUAGUAAUGAAAAUUGUUAAUAAUAACGCGGGUUCUAUUGGUUAUAAGCGCGAAGUUGAAGAGCAUAUUUCCGCGAUAGACCUAUCACAUCGCGGUCGGUUACUGAUCCGAACAUUACUAGACUCUUUUGAAGUUAAAAGCCCAAAAGGUUCUUAUCUAUGUCUUGUAUAUCCGCCUAUAAGGGAGUUAUUGUCGGUGUAUUAG